AUCUAAUAUAGCGUAUACGUAAUUUAAAUUUGUUGCUGCAUCUUUGGAAUUCAAGUUUCUUUUUACCAAGAAACGAAAGGAACCGGAGUAAAAAUGGUUGCAAUAGAUAACGUUGACGCUUUGCAAACCUGGCUGACAAAGAAGUUAUCCCCUGUUUGUGAUGCGGAUCCUAAGGCCCUUGCCAAGUACGUUGUAGCUUUGGUUAAGAAAGAAAAAAGUCAAGAUGAUUUGAAAACUUUAUGCAAAGAGCAGUUGGAUGUUUUUCUUCAAAAGGAGACGGAUGCUUUUGUUUCUGCAUUAUUUGAAGCUUUGACUUCCAAAUCUUACAUUAAAGAAGAAUCAAUCACGAAUGUUCAAACUGAGGUUCAUCGCAAAUCAAGUUCAAAUGACAAGCAGAAGGAAAAUUCUCGUUCCCAUCGAACAAAAUCACGUUCCAGGUCCCCACAUAGAGUUCGCAGCCAAGAUGGUCGAAGGUACAACGAUGAUAGAAGAAAUAGGAGAAGGUCACCCAUGGCCAGUCACAGACAUCAAAGUAACAGGCGACAACGUAGUCGUUCAUCUUCACCAAUAGCUCGAUCAUCAAGAAGUUCUGUUUCGCCAGUUCAUAAACGAAGGUCUCAUCGUUCUUCACCAAGACAGUCAAGAUCCCCCAUUCGUAGAAAAAGGAUCCGAAAAUCCUCUUCUCCUGCUCAAGCAAGUGAGAACUCCCAAUCAAAAGAUGGGAACCAAAAGUCUUAUUCAAGUGAAACUAAAGAGAAGAAAGAAAGAUGUUGGGAUUAUGAUCAGAAAGGAUUCUGUAUGAAAGGAGACUCCUGUCCUUACGAUCAUGGCACAGAUGCUGUUGUAGUUGAUGACAUCUCAAUAACAUCUCCUACUCGGAAAAACGCGAACGAAGCUACGAACAUAGACACCCGUUUGCCACCUCCUAUAGCCCAUACCAACAUUGAACCAUUGCAACACCUCAUACCAAGACUGCCAAUAUCCAUGCCUAUGCCUAUACCACCUGUGAUGCCCCCCAUGUCAUUACCCCCACCCCAUAUUCUACACCAGUUCCCACCCCCACCUCUUAACCUUAGACCAAGCAACCCUAACAUUAUGCCUCCACAACCCCAGCCUUAUAACCCAGAAGCCCCUGCAUUACACGGGAUACAAAACCAACAAAAUCCAGCAAUCAACAUCUCCAAUACUUUCCAGAAGAAGCCUGAUCAAGAUAAUGAUUCAAUGAAACGACCUUUCCAUAGAACUGCAGGCAAUCGAACCAUCAUUGUAAAGAAGAUUCCACCUUCAUUAAACAACAUCACUAAACUUAAUGAACAUUUCACUAAGUUUGGCUCAAUCAAUAAUAUACAGGUAAAGUUCAACAUGCAGCCCAACCAAGCGUUAAUUGAGUUCGCUCACCCUAACAGUGCCCGUGCAGCCAUGCGCGAUACCCAUGCGAUUCUCAACAAUCGUUUUAUUCGAGCUUUCUGGUUCAACCAGAAUGAAAUACAAACUGCCAACAAUGAAGCUAGUGCAACAUCUACAAUAAAAGAUCGCGUUGGUUCGCUUCCAAACCCUAACCAACUCAAAUAUACAGCUCCUUCUAUUGAGAGAAAGAAGGCAAACGCAGACGUCAAUGUUACACGUACAAUCACUAACCCUCUAGCUCCACCUGCUGCUGAAAAAACAGACAAACCAAACACUGAUGCUGCCACCGUCGAAGCUAAGAAAGCGGUGAUUGCUGCUCGCAACUCGAUGAGGCAGAAGAGCCAACAGCGUCAACGACUUGUUCUGCAGAAGAAGAUGGAAUUACAGAAGAAAAAGAGAGGACUCUUGCAGAAACAAGUGGAGCAACAGAAAUUACUGCUUGCAAAGUUGGAUUCAAACAAGAAUAUGUCUCCCAAAGAAAGGCUUGAACUUAUCAAGACCCUGAAAGCUUUAACAAGUUCAACUGAUAUUAUACGCCACGAGAAACCAUCAAAAGUUGAAGUUGCUAUUAAACAAAGCCAGAAACAGAAGGACUUACUUGACGCCGAGUUAGAUCUUUACAAUGCUUCAACAAACGGAGAAAACACGGUUUCAUUGAAACAAAAGUUAAACCAGUUGAAAGUUGAGGCUAAGACAAUGGGUAUUGUGACGGGAUACAGAGGAGGGUGGAGUCGUGGAAGAGGAGGAUCCCGGAUGUCAUCCCGAGGAAACCAUCAUCGUUUUAUCCGAUCUGGAGCAAAUCUUGAUCGACGCCCGUGCGAGAUACGUGUGUCCGGGUUUCAGGACACAGAGAAAGAUGAAAUGAUUGCUCAUUUUUCUGAGUUUGGUGAAAUAGACACCUUAACAUAUGAUGAAGAAGGAAUAACAUGCGCUAUUAAAUAUAAAGCAAGACAAGAUGCUGAGCAUGCUGCAUCAAACGGAGCUUCAUUUAAAGGAAGGAAUUUAAUCAUAGUGUGGACUUCACAAUCUAAACCAAACCAGAGGGAUUUUACAGCUUCCUCUGACAAUGGUGGUUCUGUUGAAAAAGUUGAAGCUACGAUAAAAAGUGAGGUUGGUGUUGCUGCUGGAAAUGAUGAGGAUGACAACGAUGAUGACGACGAAGACAAUAUCUCCGUUGUUGUGGACCGUGUCGAGCCGUUUACUCCUCCCCAGGAUGAUUACGGAUACCCGAUCCUUGAAGAGGAGCUAGAUGAGGAGGCUUUGUUGACUGGAGGAGACAUAGAUGAUGAUGAUGAUGUUGUUUCAGAAGAAAGAUCGUGGAGGCAUUGAUAUCUUCUCAAGUUUUAUGUCCGGAUGUUGGUUGUAUGCUACUAGAGACCAAAGACUAGUUCAUCUGCGCUGAAUAUUUUCCACUAGGCAAAAAGUUGCACUGUUGGGUUUGGAUAUUUCUUUCUGUGACGCUGCAGCAAAAUUGCGAUUUGUGAUUUAAUUCUUCUCGUUCAAGGAACAGUAUAAAAUGAUUUUAAAAUUAGACAAUAAAUCGCUUGUUGUCAGGUGGAAAA